GGGAAAAGUUCAUUGCUGCGCGGAACAAGUUGAAUUCUAUACUGGAAUGGCAAUGGCAGAAAUAAUGUCCCCGGAGUUGUCUCAGGGACAAGGACAAGGAAAGCAGAACCAGCUCAACGACUUAGAAUCAGAUUCGGACCAAGAGGAAGAUCAUGCGGCGACCACCGGGACUGGACCGGCUGUUGCUGGCUCUUUUCUCCGCGCGCAGGUCAUCCAUAGCGGACACUUUAUGGUGUCCUCCCCGCACAGCGACUGCACCCCGCGGAGACGGAAAAGCGGAGCUACGGUGCGAUAUGAUUUCGAUACCGUGAACAGGACUUGGUGUCAAACAUACAGAUUCGGUCCGCUAAGUUCUGGGAGCCUUAGCAUCGACCCAACGCUGACCCGGUUAUUUGAGUGUAUGUCACUGGCUUACAGUGGUAAAAUAGUCUCUCCGAAGUGGAAGUCUUUCAAAGGCCUGCGGCUGCUUUGGAGAGACAAAAUCCGUCUGAAUAAUGGAAUCUGGAGAGCCUGGUUCAUCCAGUACGUGGAGAAGAGGAAGAACCCUGUGUGUGGGUUUGUCACCCCACUGGAGGGCUCCGAGGCCGACGCCCAUCGCAAACCUGAAGCUAUAGUUCUAGAAGGCAGCUACUGGAAGCGUAGGAUCGAGGUAGUGAUCAAAGAAUACCACAAGUGGAGGAUCUACUACAAGAAGAGGCUUCAGAAAAACAAAGAUGGCCUUUUGUCAAUGCUACAGAAGGGUCAGAUCUGCAGGGCGGAGCUGGAGAAAUGGUCCAGUCAGAUGUACCAGGAGCCUGAGGUCAUGCCAGAGGAGGUCCACAUGUUUGACCUGGACUGCUUUCUGUCCGACAUCUCUGACACCCUGUUCACCAUGACCCAGAAGCCCUGCCCGUGGGCCAACGACCGGCACAACACGUACACCAGCAAUGCUGACAUGAUACAGCCAGGUCUCACCCCACUGCAGCCCAAUCUAGAUGACUUCAUGGAUAUCCCAGAUAUCUUUAUGAGCUACCGGGGCCAGUCAUUGGAGCAGGCUGCUUAUGCUGACUGUGGCUACUUUGAGAGCUCCUCCAGCGGGGCUUUCCCUUCUGUGUCCAGCCCUGUGGUCACCGUUCCACAGCUACACGUCGACACUCAACUAGCUCAGUCCAACCUCCCAUCUGGCAGCCUGUCUCAGCCCUCUUCAUCCAACUCACUGUCAGGCCCUGGCUACCACAGACAACCCCUGACCUCUGAAAUUACCUUCAACCCUACUAACAACCCCAAGUUCAAAGGUCACCAACAACAGGAUUACCACAGCGAGUACCAUACUCCCAGCAUGGUAUCAGGGGCCAUGCCCUCCUAUGGACACCAGGCUUACUCCGGCGCCGCCGUCUCCAUCGCAACCACCAACAUACAACAGCAGCCCGUCUCCCCAGGAGACGGAACCUUUUUAUAUCCGCCUCCCUGUCACAAGUACGGUUACCACGCCACCACUGCCAGCUCAGUGACCUCUACUGUCAUCACCCACACGGGAUCCACUAUGGGUGGCAGUAUUCUGGGAUCGGAUCCCCAGGGUCAUCACGGGUACUCCACCACGGGAGACAUGUACUCCCCAACAUCCUGCCUCUCUCAGGGGUACUCGUCCGUGGUCUCGGCCCCGGCCCUCCCCUCUCUCAGUGUACCUCCUCACUGCUUCUCAGCCCCACAGCAGCCGGGUGUGGCGGGUGGUAGAAGGGGGAAGCACAAGCAGAAGACAGCAGUGGGGGUGCAGAUGGAGUCCCGUCUGUCCACCCCUCAGACGACUACCCCCCAGACCAGCUUCCUGGCAAAACUACUGUCCUCCAGCACCCAAGAACGCAAACCAACGCUGGGAUUCGAUGCAACUUUAGUAGCAACCAAAGGGCACAGGUCAACCUCUCCCAACUCUCCACAUUCGAGCAGCAGCAUGCAUAUCGGAGGAGUGUCUGGAUCUCAGCUGCAGCCUGGGUCUCCCUGGCCUUCAGGGAUCCCACUUCUUACACCAAUUCACUGCCAGACGUCCACCCACAGCCACGCCGGUCUAUACACUAGUACCUCCCACGGAUCUGCCGUCUCUGCUCUCCUCACCCAGGGCUCAACACACCCCAACAUACCUCUCCUCAUCCCCAAGACAGAAAAACUCUCCCCUGUACAGAUCUAUGGUUCUGAGAGAACUAGUUUAACAGUGAGCUUCUCGGGACACUCAGGGCAGAUGUCCCCAACCAACCUUCUAGAGAGGGCAUCCAACACUGAGUCUCCGCACUCCUUACCUGGACAUUCCAAAAUGGAGUCAAACAAGAUGCAGAAUAUCCUUCGCAUCAGAUUCAUUAAAGAAAACAUCUUUGUCCAGUUUGAGACAGAGACCAGGAGGAUAACUCACAUCUCUGCUGAGCAGAAGAGACGUUUCAACAUCAAGCUAGGCUUUGAUACUCUACACAGUCUCGUCACCACACUAAGCUCUCAGCCAAGUAUAAAGAUCAGCAAGGCCACAACGCUACAUAAGACAGUCGAGUACAUCAGUAAGAUGCAGCAGGAGAGAUCUCAGCUACAUGAGGAGGCUCAGAGACUCAGGGACGAAAUUCUGCUCCUCAACUCCGCCAUCAACGUAUGCCAGCAGCAGCUGCCUGCCACCGGUGUGCCCAUUACCCGUCAACGCUUCGACCACAUGAGGGAGAAGUUCAGAGAGUACGUCCGGGUGCAGACACUGCAGAACUGGAAGUUUUGGAUCUUCAGCAUUAUCAUAGAGCCCUUGUUUGAGUCCUAUAACGGGAUGGUGUCCACAGCCAGUGUUGAGGAUCUUUGUCGCACCACUCUGUCCUGGCUGGACCAGCACUGCUCUCUGCCUGCCCUCAGACCCAUGGUCCUUAGUUCACUCCGUCUCCUGAGCACCUCCACGUCCAUCCUGACAGACCCCAGCCUGGUGCCAGAGCAGGCCACCCAGGCGGUCACCCAGGCUAAGGGCCUCCCCCACCCUCACCUCCCUGGCCAACUGCAGGACCACUGAGAGACCGUAGCCUGCUCCCCAAGCAAGCCAUCCAGGUUGUCACCCAGGGCCUCCCCCACCCUACCCAUCCCCAGGACCACUCCCCCUCCACGUGGCCCAUUAACAGGGAAAACACACAGCCUAUGUGACCCUAUGGAACAUUAUAGUACCCUGUAACACAAAAGCCCAGUGACCCUAUUAAACAUUUUGAAUACCGUAGAUUGAAAACCAAAAGGUGCCAAUGGAUCACAGAGCUGAACCCACUUUCAAGCACACAUACAGUAGGUAUGGUACGGUUUAGUGCCCAAAAUAACUAUAUGAUUCUUGGAGGGACCAGAACAUUUCUAUCCUUUACAAAAGGGGUCAUGUAUAUAAGGAGGACUGGAGAAUCAGCAUGGAGGGACUUAAUCCCAGACCAACACCCACCCCCUCACCAUUUCCUGAUGAACCAAUGUACUCGAAUAAGCACAAAACAUUCCAAAGCUAUAAUCUUAGUUAUAUUCCUAGCUAUAACCUUUCUGUAAGGUUACCUCGUAUAAUGCACUUUUAUGGGUGAUUUUAUAGUGCUGAAAUAAUUUUGAAGUGACCAUUUUUGUGUUCUGUUGUCCCAAUAAAAUUCAAAUGAGAGAAGAGAAAUUGAACGGGGGUGCUUUUCAAUCCACAUAGGCUACUAUAUCUGUGAAUGAAUUAUGUAACUAUAAUUAUAUCCUGUAGUUAUAUCAUUUUGAAAUGACAUCUGGUAACACAGCUGCCAAAGGUAUUUAACUAUUCUGUGCUAAUUGUCUCUCAGGUUAUGAUUGUAUUGUAUAUUAGAAGUAUGGUCAUACCCAACAACACACUAUCCCCUGCUUAAUAAAACCGUCUU